AUUCAGACAAAUGCUGGCUGGCCAUCUGUCCAUCCCAUCAAUGGUGAGAGCUGAUUUGACUUCACUCGCUCGCAACGGCCAGUAUGUAAUUCACUCAACGCGUGAAUGGAAUGUCACACCUUGCGUCACCAUAGAGAGAGACCGCACAAAAAUCCACACAAGCAGCUAUCCUGGUUGACGCCCGCCCAAUCGACCGACGUCACUCGCUCACUCACACAGACUAACGCCGGUUGGCUAUCUGAACUAUCUAUGCCAUACCAUCCCGUCCCUCAGCUGGCCAGCAGGUCUGGCCUCAGCUGCAGCAGCCGCUUGAGCAUCUUGGAGUGGCUCGCAAAGAGGUUCUCCAGCGGCUGGACGCCCCGCCCACUCAGGAAGGCGUCAUCCUCCAUGUCAUAGAACGCAGCUGCACACACCACAACCACGAACAGACACACAGAAGGAAGUAAGGGUGUGGCUGUCUACAAAAGUGUGUGUUGUGUGUGAGUGUGUGUGUGUGUGUGAUGAGGCAGCACCUGAGCCCGGUCUGGCGUCGUCCCCCGCCUGCAGUUUGAGCUUGCCGCCCUGCUCCUCCGUCAAAUGCCAGUGGAGCGCCGUGGUCUCCAUCCACGCUGGCCGAGCAAUGAAAUGACCACCCCCACACGACACCACACGCAGACAGAGAGGUGAGUGAGAGACUGUCGCGCCCUCUCUGUCUCUCUCUCUGUCUCUCUCUACCGUUGUCAGUGUUUCGUUCGUCGUCGACGUAGCCCGCAUACACGAGUGCGCCCCAGCGGAAAACUUCUGAGCCAUCCUCAGCCCUCUCCUUGGCCGUGACGGUGCCGGCAGCGCUGUCCCAGUCGAAGGGGCCAAACAGCUGUUCCAGCACCUGCAGACACUCACGGCUGUUGGCGCUCUCUCGGCCCACAGCUUCUUCGAGAAACUCCCUGUAACCAACGACCACAAGGCACCAUGUGCGGCGAUGGACAGGGGGAGGGAGGGGGUGUGGAUGUAUGUGCUGGGAAGGUCACCUGAUGACGGUUUUGACGGGCGCCGUGAACUCGCCAGGGUCCACGAAGCCGCCCGGCAGGGCGAACUGACCGCUGCCGUCCGUCCGCUCAAUCAACGCCACCUUAGCACGACAUGAGAACAGACACAGCCUGUUAUCCCUGCCGUCUGUCGGUUUUCCCUCCCUCUCUCUCUCUCACCUGCAGCUUGCCGGUCUUGGGGCUCUUCCUAGUGACGAUGGCGUCGCCAGCGUGGUUCGGCCCCCAGUGGCCGAGCACGCCCCUGCCCAUGACGCCCGUGUGCCCUCGCGGAUUGAGCGGGAAUCCUUUGGCGUCCCUCGCCGGCUCCCACACGAUCAGGCCCUCCGCACCCGGGCGGUCGACCUCGUAGAGCAUCACGGGCUGCCGGCUGCUGCCGGGCAUCGAGUACUUCUCGAAUGAGCCCGAUAGGAUCAUGACGUCCUUGGGGUUGGGGUCAUGCGCAUACGCCGGAGGGUUCUCUGGCAACCAACAGUCGCAUCGCACACACGAAAGAGAGGAAGGAAUGCAUAUCGAUGGAUGGAUGGAUGGUGGCGGUUUGUGCUCACCCAUGAAUGCAAACCAGUCGAAGUAAACAGUCGACUGGGCGUUGGGUCCCGGCGCCUCCGCGGCCGUCUGCUCGCCCUCCCACAACGGCUUCGGGAAGUCCAGCACCGCCUUGUACCUGUCCGAUGCGUAAAGCGCCUUGAAGGCAGGCGAGUCUCUGCCGGCCCUCCUGGCAUCCCAUAUGCGCCGGUAGAGAGUCCCGUGGACGCAGCAGGCGGUGUCUGUCGCACUGGCCUCGUGCUGCAUGUUGGUCGUGACAGAUGUGAUAGAUGUGGACCAGGGAGCACGGACACUCGGAGCAGACGUGUGGCGAGGGUGGAGGAGCAGCGCGCGAGUGGACGAGAGAGGGAGGAAAAGGAUGAACGAGAAUCCCAU